AUGGGUGUUUCCACAGUUUUUAAAAGGGCUAGAAACUUGUUAGCUACAUUCAUAGUAUGCUGCUUUAUGGCAGUUGUGCUUGUUCUGGCGCUGGCACGUCAUUUCAUCAACGAACACAGAGACACUAGGAGCUCAUCGACUCAAAUCGAUGUCAGUGACGACAGCAAAAGAAACAUGCAUCACGACCAUGUUCUCACGAAAACCAAUGCUUAUUCGACGCCAUUCCUGGAUCUGGAACACGACAAGAAAAAUGGCAUCGUCUACGAUCAUACAAGAACGGUGACUCGCAAAAAGAACCACGAGGAAGGGCCCUUGUCCCUGCGCAGGAAUCUGUUUCAUAAAUUCUUAACAAAGCUCAUCUUCCGGUUCAUAGAGCAGGAAAAGGUCGAUGAUUCUGCGAAGCAGGGAAAGUUUAGGAACAGCAAUAACGAAAUUGCGAACCAUGAACCGAUUUUUGAAAAAAUCCCCGUUCACUCCGACCAUCCGCUACAAAAUCUGAUCUUAUCGGAGGACUUGGCGUUGGUUCCUGAUCUAAAUUAUUAUUUCAAUCAGUUCAACAUACAGAUAGAGGAAUUUAGAUUAGAGACCGAGGACGGAUUUGUUAUAGAUUUGUGGCACUUGAUACCAAAAUACACGACAGCGGAUUCGGAAAAGAAGGAGAGGCCUCCCAUUUUGAUGCUGCAUGGUCUUUUGCAAAGUAGUGGUUCGUUCGCAUCCAAUGGUAGAAAAUCUCUGGCAUAUUUUCUGUACCAGUCCGGUUAUGACAUUUGGUUAGGGAAUAACAGAUGCGGGUUCAGGCCUGAAUGGAACGAUACGAAACUACCGACGCUAGCUUCCAAGUGGGACUGGGACCUUCGCGAAAUGGUCAAGUAUGAUUUAACUCUGCUGAUCGACACCGUUUUAGCCAAGACCCAAUUUGAGAAAUUGACCUUGAUCUCGCACUCUCAGGGCACCACACAGGGGUUUAUGGGAUUGGUCAAUGAAGAUAAGUUUUUCCCCCCUGGUUCAGGAUCGAAGGAGUCAUUCUUCACUUCUAAGAUCGCGAACUAUAUUGCCCUGGCUCCCGCAGUGUAUCCUGGUCCCCUGCUGGACGAAAAAUUGUUUGUUAAACUUAUGACGAAGGAAAUUGAUAAUCCUUGGUUCUUUGGUGAAACAAGUUUUUUCGAUAUUAUGAUGAUUGUGAGAAACCUAUGCGUUGGCGAAAGUUUGUUUUCGUUCGUCUGCUACACGAUCUUCAACUACUUGUUUGACUGGAACGAUACCCUUUGGGAUACCGCAUUAAGAGAUCGCCACUUCUUGUUUUCACCUGUUCAUGUUUCAGUAAAAUUGAUGCAAUGGUGGUUGUCGCCCGACCCGAACAAGGUAAGUUUCAAAUUCGGUUCUCAUAAGAUGUUCCCAGAUAACGUGAAAUGGUUUUCAGAUGCAUCGAAAGUUCCAAACAUCUAUUUAUUUGUUCCAAAGCAAGACAGAUUAGUGGAUGGAGAAAGAUUGAUUAAUCAUUUCGUUAAUGUGGAGUCGGAUGUCAACUACAAGAUUUGGUACAUUGACGAAUAUGCCCACAUUGAUGUUUUAUGGGCGCAUGAUGUUAUCGAAAGAAUCGGUAAACCAAUUUUACAGAAUUUGAAUAACUACUACUCCAAGAAGCCAUCAAGUGCUUUUGAAAGUGAUUGUUCCGACACGGAGGUAGAAACGGAAUUGGAGAUGGUUAAUGAAAAGGCUUGA